AUGACCGAAAGUAAUUUUUACAAAAGUGCCCAAAAAUACUGGGCCGAUAUCCCGGCAACAGUGGACGGAGUUCUCGGUGGGUAUGGCUACAUCUCCGACAUAGAUAUUAAAGGUUCUAGAGAAUUCUUAGACAACAUUUUAGCUCUCGACAAAUCGCCAGCGAGAAACAUCGCACUCGAUUGCGGCGCAGGUAUUGGUCGCAUCACAAAAACUCUACUGAUCCCACGCUUCCAGAAGGUCGACAUGGUUGAACAAGACGAGAAGUUCGUUAACACCGCAAAACAAUUGAUCGGCAAAGACAACAAUAAACUCGGAACGGUGUACAAAAUCGGACUCCAGCAUUUCAAGCCGCAAAAAACUUACGACGUCAUCUGGUGCCAAUGGGUGCUCGGUCACCUGAAAGAUUACGAUUUGAUCGCAUUCUUAGAGAGAUGCACUGACGCUUUAUCAAAGAACGGUGUAAUUGUUGUCAAAGAGAACAUAUCGACGAGUGAAGAAAUUGAAUAUGACGACGACGAUUCAUCUGUAACUCGUCCACUGGAAAUUUUACAUAAAAUUUUCGGUGCAGCAAAACUGAAAAUUCUCAAGACGUCAAUACAAGCCGGUUUCCCCGAAGACAUAUAUCCAGUACAUUCGUUCGCUUUAGUACCUGAGGGAUCCUAA